AUGGCAGGACAGAAAGCAGCUCCUCUGCUGAAAGAUGAGUUGGAUAUAGUGAUACCCACAAUUAGAAACCUUGAUUUCUUGGAGAUGUGGAGGCCAUUCUUUGAGUCGUACCAUCUAAUCAUUGUUCAAGAUGGGGACCCUUCAAAAACAAUCAAAGUGCCUGAAGGAUUUGACUAUGAACUCUAUAACCGCAACGAUAUCAACAGAAUUCUUGGCCCCAAGGCUUCCUGUAUCUCUUUCAAGGAUUCUGCUUGCAGAUGCUUCGGGUACAUGGUCUCCAAGAAGAAGUAUAUCUACACCAUUGAUGAUGAUUGCUUUGUCGCCAAAAACCCAUCCGGCGAAGAUAUCAAUGCUCUCGAGCAGCACAUAAAGAAUCUCUUGAGUCCAUCGACUCCACAUUUCUUCAACACUCUCUAUGAUCCAUAUAGAGACGGUGCAGAUUUUGUUCGCGGAUAUCCUUUCAGUCUCCGGGAGGGUGUUCCAACUGCUGUUUCUCAUGGUCUUUGGCUCAAUAUCCCUGAUUAUGAUGCACCUACCCAGCUUGUUAAGCCCCGUGAGAGGAACACGAGGUAUGUGGAUGCCGUUUUGACAAUUCCCAAGGGCACCAUCUUCCCGAUGUGCGGUAUGAAUUUGGCAUUCAACCGUGACCUGAUCGGACCGGCCAUGUACUUUGGACUCAUGGGUGAUGGUCAGCCAAUCGGACGAUACGAUGACAUGUGGGCUGGCUGGUGCACCAAGGUGAUAUGCGACCAUUUGAAUCUUGGCGUGAAGACUGGUCUGCCGUACAUUUGGCACAGCAAAGCCAGCAACCCUUUUGUCAAUCUGAAAAAGGAGUACAAAGGGAUCUACUGGCAGGAAGAGAUCAUUCCAUUUUUCCAGUCUGUAACCCUUCCAAAGGAAUGCACAACUGUGCAGCAGUGCUACAUUGAGCUCGCCAAACUAGUGAAGGCCAAACUUUCGUCUGUAGAUCCUUACUUCACUAAGUUAGCUGAUGCUAUGGUUACAUGGAUUGAAGCUUGGGACGAGCUCAAUCCUUCUGGAGACAAGCUCCCCAAUGGCGCUGCAAAAUAGAUUCUGCUCUGCUUUUGUUUUUUUGGUCGUGAGUUGGUAGGAUUGCGUUGGAUGCUCUUUUUAAUUGUUUAACUUAUCAUGAUGAUUUUUUCUGAGGAAUUUGAUAAUGUUUUAGAUUCAAGCAUUUAUUUUACUCCAUUUUGAUAUGUUGUAAUAUUAUUCAUUAUAUAUUAAUUUGACUUGGAGGUCGUCUAUGUACUUAUUCUUGACAAGAUCAGUGCAUCCGAUGUGAAUUCUUUCUUUCAAA